GGAGCGCGAGCUAGUUGGUUUUCACACCACCGUGACGUCAGUUCGCGCGUUCUGUGACGUCAGUCGUGUGCUUCUACAGUAGCAAUUCGUUGGCGAACUGACACGCAGGAUGAUGUGCAGUGAACAUUGAUAUCAAGGAUGCUUUCCAACAUAUGUAUCUGGAGAGCAUCGCUCGGCACAAAGUGGAUUCAGACAAGUGUACAGAUGGAACAUCAAUUCUACUACAUUCUGAAAGUCACAUAUACACCAAUAUCAGUCUUCUAGAUACAGAAGUUUAUUGGAAAUUAGCCCGGAAGUGAGGGCAAUCUAACAGGAAAGUUCCUUUUCCCUUGCGUGUUAGAAGCGGAACUUAAAGCUCCCAAGAGUGUCAGAUCUAGGAAAUCGGUCGGGUAGUAAAAUUAAAGAAGGAAUCUACGACACCCGAAGUAGCUCAAUGUUUCUAAUCGAGACGUCUCCGGAUUAAAGCUCGGACAUCGUAUGGAUCUUCAAAAUUACUUGGGAAUGUUUGAUGUUUUCUCAAUAAAGAUGUUAUGAACAUUUAAAGAAUUUUUACAUUAAUCAGAAAAUGCUAUCCAAUAAUCACUUAUGGCUCUUAAUCAUUUUCCAGAAUAGUGCAAUUCAAAAAUGAACUUGAUGGAAACUUUAAUUUCAGAAAAAAGUCUGCAGUCAAUAAAAUUCGACUACGCCAAACACCUCUCUAAAAAGUGGAGCGGCUGCUUAUUGGCUGCUAAUUCGUUACGCAUACAUAAAAAUGAAGAUCGUCGUUCAUCCGUAGUUUCAAACGCUACAGAUGAAAUGAAAUCAUGCAGAUAUCUGCGAGUUUUUCGUAUGAUGAAUUCCUUACAUAUUUCAUUUAUGUCAACAGCCAUAUUGAUUUCCACGUGUUGGCUGUUGAACUCGCCCAUUGCAUCGUGUACAAAAGUUACCUGUUCCAGCUCAUGUUAUUGCGAUUCGACAGGUGAAUUUGUUAGCUGUAUAGGAGAUGGAAUGUUCAAAUCAUUACCUAAAGUGCCCAGAACUGCUAUCAGAUUAGAACUGAGGAACUAUAUCAUUCCUAGUUUGUCGGCCGAACAGUUAUACGGUUUAGUAAAAUUACACGAACUGAAACUUCAACAAACGCAGACGAAAUUAAUAGAAAAUGGUACUUUUUCCGAUCUUCAAAAUCUUCGUCGGCUAGAAUUAUGCCAGAAUUUUCUCGAAAAUAUCACAAAUUCAACUUUCGACGGUUUACAGAAAUUACGUUAUCUAGAUUUAUCUUCUAAUUGUUUGGUGAAUGUAGACGAGUCUUUUUUGCAAUUAUCGAGUGUCGAACAGUUAAAUCUUCGCCUCAAUAACAUUUCUCAGGUGAGUGCAAAGAGUUUCUCCGGGCUCAUUAAAGUUCAGUACCUCAACCUUGAUUCAAAUCAGAUUUCGUAUAUCGAAGUCGGUUCUUUUCAAUAUUUGACCAAUCUUGCUCAUCUGAUACUCAGUAAUAAUCCUCUAACAACUUUAUCGCGCCUUGAUUUCUUUGGAUCUAGACUACAAUACAUUGACAUAUCUCAUAUGGGUUUGGAGCGUAUACCGCAGAGUCUCACCAAAUUUGUUCGAGAUCUGCGUCUUGCCAAAAAUAAUCUUACUCGUAUUAGUGCUGGAGAUUUUGAUAGCUAUCCAUACCUAGGACUUUUAGUACUGGAUGAUAAUUUAAUCAGAGAAAUCGAGCCGGAUGCACUUGGUCGACAGGAAUAUCUGAUGAGAUUAUGGUUGAAUGGAAAUCACUUGAAUCGAGUGCCUGAUAAUUUGCCUCCGAGUCUCCAAGCUCUUUACAUGGAGGAAAAUGAACUUUUAGCAAUUCACAGCUAUAGUUUUAAAGGCUUAGUGAAUUUAGAACAAUUGUUUUUACAGAGAAAUAAAAUAAGGGAAUUGUCCUUUUGCGCUUUUUGUGAUUUAUUAAGUCUAAAAAGUCUGGAUCUUCAGGCAAAUCAAAUCGAGAAUCUUACAAACGGCGUUUUCGCUAAUUUAACUCAACUAGAAAUGUUGGAUUUGUCUCAAAAUAGUAUAAAAAUAAUGGAAGCUCAUUGUUUUGAAGGUCUAAGUAGUUUGAAAACGCUCCAACUCUCUCGAAUGUCAACAAGCAUAAAAUUUGAUGAAUCGUUAUUCGAUCAUCUGAAAAACCUGCAGAUGCUUGAAGUGUACGAUAGUUCUGAUUUUGCUCUUCAAAUUAUCAACUCUACUCGUCUUUUGCAUGGUUUACGUAAUCUUAGAGAAUUAAAUAUAAUGCAUAAUAAGCUAAUUUAUCUUCGGCCAGAUUUUCCUUCAUUUUUUCCAAAUCUCAAAGUAAUUAAAAUGAGUGGAAACAAUUGGAUCUGUGACAAACAGAUACUGUGGCUUUCUCAUUGGAUCCAGAAAUCUAACCUUCAGUUUUAUAGAAGUUAUAGCAUAAGAUGUUCCUCCCCUCCUAAUCUUCAGUUCAAACCGAUAAUGAUGUUAACUGGAGACGAUGUAAACGCACCCGUCAACAUCGAACAAUUGACCACGUCAAUAACAGAACAAACCACUAUUUCAGAAAUCAGUUCUACAACGUCUCCCUCCAAAUUUAUCGACACUUCUGCCAACACCACCCUCUAUCAAAAAUCGCACAUCUUUUUGGAAAUGACCCAACCUUCUAAUAUAACAGAAAGCGUAAUCGGAACAGAAAUCACGGAGUCAAUUUCAGAAAAUCCAAGCCAAAACAUAACGGAAUUGAUAAAAAUCAAUCGGGAUAAUUCAACGCACACGACUACAGUCGAAAACAGUACAAUUACUACCAGUCAAACAGAGAAAGAACUGAUUUCAAAUAAACACAUGUCUUCGCGAUUGUUAGCUAACCAUAUAUCUCGUCCUCCAUCUUCCAACCAUUGGUGGGACAAUGCUACAACAGUCAUAGUCACGUCUUCGGUAGCAUCAGCUAGUCUCGUUCUUGUGAUUGGUAUCGUAACAUCUUUUGCAUUUUAUAAGUGUCGUAAAUACAGAAUAGGAAGCAAGCAUUGUUUACUAAGAAGGAGCAGUAGUAUAUCAUACUAUCCUCAAAGAGACGAAAUUUCAAUAGUUACGGUCUCUGAAGGUACGGUUGGUUUACAGACUCGUACACAUCAUGGGCUAGGAAACAAACUUUAUUAUAUCAUGGAAAACGGUGAUGUGUUUAGAGAUCCUAUAAAAGAUGCUCUACCUGAUCCUCAGCUGCAGGAACUCCUUCCCAGACCCGCAGCUUCCGACCAUGAAUAUUUAUUCAAUGGUAAAAGUUUAAGUGAUGUCAGCCCCAGAUAACUUCGCGUUCUAUGUUAUCAAGAACAGUCCAAGAUUUUUGCCUUCGGAGCGAAUGUCCACACGAGUAUAAAUGGAAAACAAAUAAAAA